AUGAUCCGCAGACAGGCAAGAGAGAGAAGAGAGUAUUUGUACAAAAAGGCGUUGGAGUUGCAGGAAACCGCCCAGAUCGAGAAGAGACAGAAGUUGAAGGCCGCAUUGGCCUCCGGAAAGGCCCUCUCGAAGGAACUCAGCGAGGACACCGAGCUCCACAAAGAUUUCCGUUAUGACGAAAGCGAGCAGGUGGACAUUGACGACGAGUACCUGGCCCUUUCGGGAAUAAGCGACCCCCGCAUCAUUGUUACCACAUCGCGCAACCCGUCCGUCAGAUUGCUACAGUUCUCGAAGGAAAUCAAGUUGAUGUUCCCCAACUCGUUGAAGCUAAAUAGAGGUAACUAUGUGAUUCCCGAGCUCGUCAAGUCAUGUGCCAAAGCCGCCAUCAACGACUUGAUUGUGCUCCACGAACACAGAGGUGUGCCCACCUCGUUGACUGUGUCACAUUUCCCCCACGGACCUACCGCCAUCUUCACAUUGCACAACGUCAAAUUAAGACACGAUCUUCCCAACAUGGGCAAUAUCUCCGAGGUGUACCCGCACUUGAUCUUCGAGAAUUUCUCCACGGCCUUGGGUCAGCGUGUGGUCAAGAUCCUCAAACAUUUGUUUCCCCCGGGUGCCAAGAAGGACAGCUCCCGAGUGAUCACCUUCAUCAACAACGAAGACUUCAUUAGUGUCAGACAUCACGUGUACAUCCAGACAAAAGACGGGGUCGAGCUCAGUGAAGUGGGCCCUCGUUUUGAAAUGCGUCUUUUCGAAUUGCGCUUGGGCUUGCUUGACAACAAGGACGCCGACGUUGAGUGGAAGGUGAAGAGAUUCAUCAGGACAGCCAACCGGAAGAAUUACUUGGCAGAAUAA